AUGGCGAUGUCAUGUCCUGCUGCCCAAGCCCCGUACGAUCCACAACCAAACCAGUACGCCCAGGAACCAGCACCUUAUGAUCCUCAACCAGCACAUUACGAUCCACAACCGGCACCUUACGAUCCACAACCAGCACCUUACGAUCCUCAACCAGCACCUUACGAUCCCCAACCAGCACCUUACGAUCCUCAACCAGCACCUUACGAUCCCCAACCAGCACCUUACGAUCCUCAACCAGCACCUUACGAUCCCCAACCAGCACCAUACGAUCCUCAAACAGCACCUUAUGAUCCCCAACCAGCACAUUACGAUCCUCAAACAGCACCAUAUGACCCCCAACCAACCCAAGGUGUUAACCAGGCAGCGCCCUAUGAUCCUCUACCAACCCAAGGCGGCAACCAGCCAGCGCCGUAUGACCCUCUGCCAACACAGGGAGAGAAUCAGCCAGCAGCAUAUGAUCCUCUAGCAACCCAGUAUAACAACCAGCCAGCACCUUACGAUCCUCAACCAGCACCUUACGAUCCCCAUCAAACCCGGUAUAGCACCAAUCCAAAUAAUUACAAUGCAGAACCCAGUCUACAGCCAGUAAGCACGUGCGAAUGCAGACGAACAGAUGUAGACCCCGUGUGCUCGACACGCGGAGAAACACUGUGGUACGGUUGUGAUGCCAUUUGCAGGGGAAUCACAAUCGCCUGUUCAUCCGAGUGUCCGUGUUAGACAGAGAGAACAUAUUCCCUGAAAAGUAGUAAUCAACGAUACACAUUUUGCAGUGACCAGAACCAUGAAUGUGACUACUUUAUCGAGAGACGUUAUUCUGGUUUUCGAUGUUAUAACAUUAAGACCUGCACGUUAAUAUUUGUUGAUUUCAGCGCGUGCGUGUCUGGCAUGCUGUCUCAGCAUAGAAAUCGUUACUAUUUAAAGGGAGAUUCCGAGCCAAAUAGAGGGCAAAAAAUAAACUCGUGGGAUUGGUAUACUGUUGACAUGAAUAAUCAGAAAAGUACAUUUCAAUCUUCUGAGAGGACAUUCGUUCGUAAUUUAUGUAACCUAGUCAUGUCAAGUAAGGAUAUUGCUUAUAAAAGUAAAAAUGUA